AAAGGCGAGCAGUGGCAGCGGGCGCUUGCGCUGCUGAGCGAGAUGUGGGAGGCGAAGCUGGAUCCCAACGUCGUCAGCUACAGCGCUGGGAUCAGCGCGUGCGAGAAAGGCGAGCAGUGGCAGAGGGCGCUGGCGCUGCUGAGCGAGAUGUGGGAGGUGAAGCUGGAGCCCGACUCAGCUACAUCGCUGCGACCUGCGCUGCUGCGUUGUCGCUGCUCAGCGAGAUGCGGGAAUGCAAUGUGGAGACGAACGACAUCAGUUACAAUGUGCGCGCCACCGCGUAUGAGAGGUCGCCUCGCAAUGCGGCAGGAUUUCCAGGCUAUCAUGGGAUCGGUCUUUCGCGUUUUCGCGUGUCUUGCGAAGCUCUGUGCGUGUGGGAAUUUGUUUGGCAACCACUGUGAUUAUGUAGGCGGACAUCCGAAUUGUGAAUUUGCCCGUCUUCAAUCGCGCAGGAAAUUGCUUCGGACAACAUUGCACGGAUCCGCCCUGGUUGGCUUCAGCGGUGAGAUCAGCAUUUGUAGAGAGAGAGGGAGAGAGAGAGAGAGAGAGAGGCGGGCAGUGAAAGCGGGUCAUGCCGCUGCUUAA